AGAGAAAAACCCAAGAAUGAAUACCCUCUUACAGCUGAUCAUGGAGUAAUUCAAUUCGGAAAAUAAAUGCCAUCUUUAUGGUUGUUGAAGACAAACGGUUACAAUAGUUAGUUUGAGAGGGCGGUUCGCAUGGUGUAGUGGGGUCUACACACACUGGAUGGUAUAAAAAGUAAAAACACACUAAUUUACAGCUCCGACCUAAACCAACACACUUUGGCAGGCUAACCACAAAUGGUGUGAAUACUGAAAUUACAGGCAUGCCAUUCUCUUAUAGCAUAAAAAAGAAGCAGGAGGAAGAGAUUAUGCUGCUUGCGUCAAGUGGGUCCCACAGCUAGGAUUCUCGGUAACAAACCCUACAAAAAGAAAGAAAAUCCAUCAGAAUUAUGAAAUGAGAAAGAUGAAAGUUGUACUCACUCCCUUCCUCUUUUCUUAUAUGUAAAUUCUGUUUAUAUGUCUGCCUUAUUCCAAACACUCCUCUCUACGAAAGUGAGAGAAAAGACCUUCAGUCUUUCCUUACAAGACUAGCUCUUUUGGCACUUCAGCUUGAUUGGAGGGUCUCCCAAUUAUUUUGUGUUUCCAAUCCCAGUUAUUGCAAUUUUCAAAGAUAUUGAACAUUCUAAAAUGUACGAGGAACCAGGGUGCUUCGAUCCCAAUAACUCCAUGGCAGAGGGUGCAGAUUCUGGGUUUCCUCAAACUGUGGCAAACAGCCAGAAGCAAUUUGAAGAGAAUCUGAAGCUCUCUGCUGAGGAACUUUCUUAUCAUCACCACAAUCACCAGGAAGAUGCAGCUGUUUCCUCUAUGGAACUGGAGCUUCAAAAGCAUCUGGCCUUCAAUGUGGAAAACUGCGAUAACAAUACUAAUUUGAUGCAACAAGUGGUUGACGACCCAAAUCAGCUUCUUGCAUAUGGUCACUCCAACUGGAACACCGGUGAUAUAGGCUUUAAUCAAGAUGAGCCACAACAAAAUGGGCUUAGGAGCUUCAAUAUCAAUUCAUUACCCCAAACACCAGACCUUCUCAAUCUCUUUCACUUGCCCAAAUCCUCUUUGCUUCCAAAUUCAUCCAUCUCCUUCGUUAACUCAAACACCGACACUACUCCUUUGGCAUUUAUCGGAGACCUCCCAGCCUCAGAUGGCACAUCCGUUUUGUAUGAUCCGCUGUUUCAUCUCAACCUGCCCCCACAACCUCCUUUGUUUAGGGAAUUAUUCCAAUCUAUACCCCAUGGAUACAGCUUGCCAACCGCAAGAGGUGGUGCUAAUUCUUUGUUUGGGGAUGAGAGAGAUUCAAGUGGAGGAACGGCAUAUCAAGAUGGGGAUGGAGGGAUGCUGGAGUUCACUAGGGACAUGGCUUGCAUUGUUAGAGGGAGGAAAACCGGCAAGAUGACAAAGCACUUUGCCACGGAGCGGCAAAGGAGAGAGCACUUGAAUGACAAGUACAAGGCCUUGAAGAAUUUGGUUCCUAACCCUGGCAAGUCCGAUAGAGCCUCAAUUGUGGGAGAUGCUAUUGAGUACAUCAAAGAGCUUCUUAGAUCAGUUAACGAGCUCAAAUUAUUGGUAGAGAAAAAAAGAUGUGGUAGAGAGAGAAGCAAGAGGCAGAAGACAGAAGACGUUGCUGCAGGGGAUGUUGAGAGUUGUAACAUAAAGCCUCUUGGUGAUCCCGAACAGUCCUAUAAUGGUUCUUUAAGGAGUUCCUGGCUGCAGAGAAAAUCCAAGGAUACCGAGGUUGAUGUUCGUAUCAUUGAUGACGAAGUUACCAUCAAACUCGUCCAGCGAAAGAAGAUCAACUGCUUGUUUUUUGUUUCCAGAGUUCUUGACGAGCUUCAGUUGGAUCUCUACCAUGUUGCCGGCGGCCACAUUGGCGAUUACUACAGCUUUCUGUUCAACACAAAGAUAUAUGAAGGUUCUUCUGUUUAUGCUGGUGCAAUAGCCAAUAAGCUCAUUGAGGUUAUGGACAGAGAAUUUGCAGCUGUUCCACCGACAAGUAGCGAUUAAGAUUAAUGGAUAUUUCAUUCUUACUUGGUAAUAAAUCUUUUGCGUUCUUGGUUGUCGUAGACUGGUAGUAUUUGUCAUUAAAAUUGGUUGGAGGAUGGCUAUUUCCAACUUAUGGGUCAGUUGAUUUCGGUAACAGCAAGGAACUGUCUCAGACAACUGCUCAAAUUUCCAAGUAUUUUUACUAUUAUUGUUAUUAUUAUUAAUCUGGGAUUUACUCAA